AGUUCCCUCCUCGGCUCGAUCAGCUCGUUCUCCGUCCAUCUUCUUCUCCCCUCCGUUCUCGAUGGCCAUCGUUUGUGCCCAAGCCGUCGACUCUUGGCCCAUCUGGAACCUCCAAGGCUGCGGGGUCGAGGAGAUGCCCACCUGGGACCACGAGGACUGCGAGGAGACGCCCAUCUGGGAACUCGACGACUGCGUGGAGACGGCCGAGCUCGGCUCCGGGAGCUUCGGCACAGUCACCAAGGCGUGGUCCUACAAGACCGGCGAGAGCGUCGCCAUCAAGACCCUCAGCUCGAGCAGCCAUGAGGCGGUCCGGCGGGAGGCCGGCCUCCUCAGGGCGUGCCAUGGCCACCUCAACAUCGUCCAGCUGCGGGCCAUGUCCUUCGACCGCAACGCCGACAGGCUCUCCCUCGUGAUGGAGUACGUCGGGCCGAGCCUCCACGACGUCCUCCACCGCGCCCGCCGCGGCUGCCCGUUCCAGGAGGACGUCGUGCGCUUCCUCAUGCGGCAGCUUCUGAGCGGCGCCAACCACAUGCACCGGCUGUGCCACGUCGUCCACCGGGACAUCAAGCCCGAGAACGUCCUCGUCGGCGACGGCGUCAAGAUAUGCGACUUCGGCCUCGCCAUGUCCAUGUCCCAGGCCCCGCCGUACGGCCACCAUGGCACGCGCAGCUACAUGGCGCCGGAGAUCCUCCUGGGGAAGCCCGACUACGACGCCACCGUGGACGCCUGGUCGCUGGGCUGCGUCAUGGCCGAGCUCCUCCUAGGCGAGCGGCUCUUUGGCCGCGCGGCGGACGACGCCGACCAGCUCCUCAGGAUCUUCUACAUACUUGGCGUGCCGGACCAGGUCUCCUGGCCGUCCUACAACUCCUUGCCGCUCGCCGGCGAGCUGGUGGCGCCGCCGAGCAUCCCCCACCGCAACAGGCUGCGCGAGGUGUUUCCAGAGGACUGCCUGUCCAGACAAGGCUUCCAAGUAUUGAGCGGCCUCCUCUCCUGCGACGCACGCAAGAGGCUGUAUGCGGGUGAAGCCCUCGAGCUUCCAUGGUUCACCACCAACUAG